AUGGUCAACAGUGAUGGCGAAGGAUUCAAUGUGCUUGCGCACGAAAGUCAAUGCCAACAAAUACAAAAAAACGAUAUCCAAAAAGUGGGACUUGAUGAUGUGCUAACGAAAGGUGUUUAUCGUGCUCUAUUUAAUCCAAAUGAAUUUCAGGAACUUGAUGAGGAAAUGUGCACCCUAUUAAAUACAGAUUGGAGUACGAAGAAGUAUAUCAAAUAUUCUUGCUCGGCUCUUCUUGCGGGGAUGAUUAUGGUGAUCAAUAGUAAAGCUAUUUUGGUAUUAUGCCACGAAGUCUAUGGAAGGACGCGGUCUAUUUUACUGUUAAAUCAAAACAACCAUCACCUUCCACCUCGAUCCCCCUAUCGGAAUAUUUGGGUGACAACAAUUACCGACAAUCAUGGCUCAAAACUUAUAUUUGGUACAAAAACAUUCAACUCACUGGUAACAUCUAGUAUCCGCAUUGAUAGUCCUUAUGCACCAGAAGUUGGUCCAUCCACACAUCAUUUUACUAUCUCCAGCAACAAACAGUCAAGAGAUAUAAAAAUUUAUAUACACAGAGUCUUGGAAUAA